UAUUUGUAUUUGAGUUUGGAAUGGAUUGGACUCGUUCAAAUGCCAUAAAAUUCUGUAGCGACUGACUGCACACUGAAGGCGGAAUAAACAGCAGCAUAUCUUCAAAUAUUACUAUUAAAUCAAUACAAGAUCGCUCUGUUUCUCGUGACGGCUCACAUGCCAAUAAACCAAACCGAUUCACAUUACCCUUUUUUUAACCAUUUAAUAUUUCUUCACUUUCUCUUCUCAGCCAUAACCAGCACGGCCACUAAUCACUGCCCAUUUCUUUUUUUUUUUUCUCUGUUUUUGUUUUUUAGUUUGUAAAAUCUCGGGGAUCCAAGCAGUGUAUUACUAUUCCUAGUGUUUUAUAUUAUUUCUAGUAUUUAAAUCUGAGUGCUUCUGAUUCUACUGUGUAAACAGAUCAGUGAUCUCGGCGUUAAUGUGAUCAGUGUUUCAGCUACAUUUGUGUAGUUUGUGUUUGUGAAAAUUUUGGGACCAUUUACAGAGUAAUUUUUACUUUUUUUUCAUGGGGUCAUCAUGCCAUUGAUUAUAUAAGAUUCCAGAUUCCUUUAAUUUCAUAUUCUAGAUUCUCUUCCCCGGUAGAAUAUUCACAGAACAUCUCAAUUGUCUAAUUUUUUUUUCUUUUUAAAUCUGAUGGAUUCCUGCUGUGUUGCAUUAAAGGCAAAUGCUCAUCCUAUUGUUAGUAAAGGAAGUAGUGGGAUUUGGGGAGAAAGUGUGAAGGGGAGUCUUAAUGGCAGGGUAUUGAGUUGUCAUUUAUGGAAGAGCUUGAAAACAGAAAAGCUGGUUAAAGAGGCUAGUAAGCCUGGGGUUGCUUACUCUCUUCUCACACCUGAUAUUGACAAGGAGAGGAUGUCUUUUGGGGCUCCGCAGUUUCAGACUCAAGAAGCAGAUCCAAAGAAGGUGGCUUCGAUCAUUUUGGGUGGAGGUGCAGGGACACGUUUGUUUCCUCUUACUGGAAAAAGGGCUAAGCCAGCGGUUCCAAUUGGAGGAUGUUACAGGUUAAUAGACAUCCCAAUGAGUAACUGCAUUAACAGUGGCAUAAAAAAGAUUUUUAUUAUGACACAGUUUAACUCCUUUUCCCUCAAUCGGCACUUAGCCCGGACUUAUAAUUUUGGAAAUGGUGUGAAUUUUGGAGAUGGGUUUGUGGAGGUUCUAGCUGCCACUCAAACACCUGGAGAAGCAGGGAAGAAGUGGUUCCAAGGAACAGCAGAUGCUGUGAGGCAAUUCGUAUGGUUAUUUGAGGAUACCAAGAAUAAGAAUGUGGAGCACAUACUGAUCUUAUCUGGUGAUCAUCUUUAUAGGAUGGACUAUAGAGAUUUUCUGCAGAAGCAUAUUGAUAGUGGUGCUGAUAUUACUGUAUCUUGUGUGCCAAUGGAUGACAGCCGGGCAUCUGAUUACGGACUGAUGAAGGUUGACAGCACAGGGCGAAUCAUACAAUUCUCAGAGAAACCUAAGGGUCCUGACCUGAAAGCAAUGCAAGUUGAUACCACUCUCCUUGGGUUGUCCAUGCAAGAAGCUGUCAAAUUACCAUACAUUGCAUCAAUGGGUGUUUAUGUGUUUAGAACUGAUGUCCUACUAAAGCUUCUCAAAUGUAGCUACCCCACAUGCAAUGACUUUGGCUCUGAGAUAAUUCCAUCUGCUGUUAAGCACCAUAAUGUCCAGGCAUAUUUAUUCAAUGACUACUGGGAAGACAUUGGAACUAUUGAGUCCUUUUUUUAUGCCAACUUGGCCCUCACAGAACAGCCCCCCAAGUUCGAAUUUUAUGACCCCAAGACGCCUUUCUACACUUCUCCUCGAUUUUUACCACCAACAAAAGUUGAUAAAUGCAGGAUUUUGGAUGCUAUAAUUUCACAUGGUUGCUUCUUGCGAGAGUGCAGUGUGCAGCACUCCAUAGUGGGUGUGCGCUCACGUUUAGAGACUGGAGUUGAGCUUCAGAAAACUAUGAUGAUGGGUGCAGACUUCUACCAAACUGAAUCUGAAAUUGCAUCUCUGCUUGCGGAAGGAAAGGUUCCGAUUGGUGUUGGGCAGAAUACUAAAAUCAAGAAUUGCAUCAUAGACAAGAAUGCCAAGAUUGGAAAAAAUGUCAUUAUUGCAAAUGCUGAUGGUGUUGAGGAAGCCGAGAGACCAAAAGAAGGAUUUUACAUAAGGUCUGGGAUUACAGUCAUUCUGAAGAAUGCAACAAUCAAUGAUGGAACAGUUAUUUAGAAUCUGUGAAGGCUUCCUAGAGCUGCCACUGCUGACCAAGUUCGCAAUGGUAACUGAGAGGAUUUGGCCUGCUGUCCUUCACAAGUUUACAGUGAAAAAGUAGUACUCACGUUUAUGUAUGUAAAUUGCAAGUUGUGACUCACAAGACCAUUAAUAAAUCACAGAACUCUUUCAGGCCA